UCCACUUCCACUCCGGCUGAUGACGUAUUUCACUCUACGGCGAGCCCGAUAGGACAAUCCGGGCGUCGUUAGCACUGUCACCGGGUAGCGCGUGGUACUCUUACCGGGCUGUUAUGGACAUGUAGUGAGUUACAGAGGAGGACUGCUGUGUGAACAUAAAGCCCGCCUGAAGACAGCAGCGAUGGCUCUGGAGCAGCUCAGUGAUGUGGUCCAGAGAUGUCAAGCCCUCCCUGAUGACAGCUACACCACCGAGGACCAUGACGUCUUCACCAUCGCAGGUCGGACCUGCAUCGAGGAGGGAAACAGCGCCCAGGUCCUCAGUAUUGUCCUGGAUGAGAAGAAUCAGGACAUAGUGAGAUGUAUGGGUUGGAAUCUCCUGCCGCCCUUGAUCAAGGUUCUGCUGAAGAAAGAAGACAAGCACCUUUCUCAGUGCCUGGCUGUUUUCAACCACCUGCUGGAGACCUGCAGACCCAAAGAGCUGCUGAUUGGCCUGUUGGAGCAGCUGGAGCACGACGACCCUUACUCCACAGCAGAGAGCCUCCACCUGCUGUUGAACCCUCUACAGAAGGUGCUGCUGUGCCUGGGCAGCAGCAAGGCGUCGUCUCUGGGCAUGACCCUGUCCUCCGUGCUGGACCAGGUGGCCAAACUGCCUCUGCCUCACACAAAGGAGCAAGAGGAGGACGACGUCUUCUUUCUAUGCCGCUGCUGCACCGAUCUGACCGACUUCGUCAGACCCUUUGUCCAGGAGGCCAGGCAGAACAACCUGAACAGUAAUGCACGACGUGAGAGCGGGGACAGAAUGGAGGGUGAACGGGACAGGGGGAAAGAGGACGAGCUGCGGACGGAACUGCUGAAGUUCUGUAUGAAGACUCUGAGUCACCCUCUGCUGGAGGUACAGCUCAAGGAUCCAGACACUCUGGCUGUGUCUCCCCUCAGGAACUUCGCCACUGAGAUUUUGAACAGUCUCAGCACUAUCGGAGAGCCCCUCCCCAGUCUGGUGUACCAACCUCUGCUGAAGAGGAAACAGGUUCCAGGUUUUCUGGAGGAGGAGGUGCGUUACCCCAAAGAGUCUUUAGCCAGCCUGGCUCACCUUGUGUUUGUCCAUCACUUGGCUGCAGAUACAUUCCCCAGUGUUUUCAGCCCUGUGUUUUCUCUGCGCUGUAACAUGGAGCACAUCUGCCUCCUCCUGUCCAGAACUGACGAGUCCAGGAUUCAGAAAGGACUGGAGCUGUACGAGAAGAGUCUGGUGCGGCUGGAGGACGGCAGUCUGCCUGCAGAUCUGCUGGAGAUCAGAACCCUCCUCACAGUCCCUCAGAACUUGGUGAAGGUCAUGACGAUAUGUCAGAGAUAUGAUCUGCGAACCAGAGGUCUGAAGGUGUUCCAGCUGAGCAUUGAUAAGUUUAACACUGAAGCAAAGUAUAAUUUCUUCCAGUACAUGCUGCAAACCAGUAGUCACUCAGGAGUUGAAGGCUACAUCAUCAAAAACAUCAAGAAUCAGGUCGACUUUGCCCUUCGGCCAGGUAACAGCAACACCUGGUUUGAGGGAGUUCACCUGCUGCCAUUGCUGCGUAAAGUUUUCAUUCUGCCAGACGGCCCAGAGACCGACCUCCUGCAGUACCUGGACAGGAUUAUGGAGUCUCUGAACCUGCUGCGUUACCUCAUCAUCAGAGACAAAGUGACAGAGAACCAGACGGGGAUCUGGACCGAGCUGUAUAAAAUAGAAGACGCGUUCAUGAAGCCGCUACGUGUUGGAGUGAACAUGUCGAGAGCUCACUACGAGAGGGAGCUCCACAACACCAUGGAGAGCAAGAGGAGCAAGGCCAAAGAGGAGUCGGUGCUCUCUGUCUCCGUUGGUGACGAGAAGUUGCCAAACAUGACGUCAGAGUCACAGAUUCAGGCUCUGCACUCAGCCCUGCACACGUUUGACAUGAUCGAGAGUGUGUUGGUGCGAAUAGAGGAGCUCACCGAGGUGAAGGAGAGUCUUUAGACUCCUGCCAAGAGAUCCUCAUCGUCUCAGGGCGCAAAAAAAGAAAGCCUUCAGCUGUUCAAACUGUUAAUGUGUUUUGUAUAAAGAAUAUGUUAACAAAUCAAACACUGUUAGUGUUACUUUGUGUUUCAAGUUGUUUUCAGCAGCAGUAUUUAGAACUACGAGUAACUUUUGAAUACAGUGUCUAUAAAACAUCUGUAAAAAUAAAAAAACUUUUGUACACACAG